AUGGCGGGCAAUCCUCCCGCAAUCAAUCCUCACCUCGAACCUGUGGGUUAUAUUGCAACGAACGGAUCUCCAUUAGGGUUUGUCGAAGUUGUACCGGACGUAGGGUCUCAACGGCCCCAAAUCCCUAACCUCGGCACUGCUUGCCUUCGUGAUAGGGCUACCUGUCAUGGUGUAGACCCAAGCUGCUUGUUCCGAUCUGGGGUUGUGGACGACUGUGCUAGAGCUCGAUGGUAUGCAAGAUGGCUUGAGCUCGUUAUACUCGGCAAAAUUAACUAUUUGGGUUGCCCUUUCACGGAUUGUGGGAAACAACUUGCCCAUUUUGAUGCGAUGCUGGAACAUGUAAAGAACUGCGAGAAGUUCGCUACCGGAGUGUUCUGUUGCUCGAAAUACCGCCAAGGCGAAUCUUUCAAUGUUCGGACUGGCAAAGAGUGUUCGUGGGAUGACGAACUUUAUAUGAUGCGAAAGCUGCCACAAAAGCCCUGGACUUCGCCACAAGGGUCAGAAAACGACCAGUCAGCCUCUCGAUACAGUUCUACGUACUGGAAUCCGUACCAGAAGGAAUUGACACAAGACAGCAGUCAAGCAUCUACUGUCCAUCCACCCAACCAUUUGACAUUUUCGGUUCACAACAGCCAGCGAUAUGAAAUAGAUUCAAGUGAGCACCAUUCGGCUUUCGAGUUACCAGGCGUGUCAAGCUGGACAACCAGUCCGCAAUCUGAUGUUUCCCGCUCACCUGCUACUCAUGCGGAAAUGUCUUUUAGCCCAUGUUCCUUCGAUACUCCGAGUACAUACGACGACAACCGCCACAUGGCGAUAACCCAGGACGGAUCUCAGGCCUAUGACCGCGAUUUGAAUCGAAGCAUUCUCUCCAAAGGGGGCCAUGACUUCAACCGUAUGAUCACGACAGAAAGCCAACAAACAACCAUUUCACCGGCACAACUGCUUGUCGUGCAACCUUUCUCAGAAUUCGCCACCUCGUCGCCCGCACUGGGUACACAAACGUCCAAUUUGGAGUCCUCUUCUACAAUGGUCUCGCCCGAACGGGAGUUGCAGUGCGAUAAGUGCGGAUGGAAGCCGACGGGAAAUAAGAAUCAAUACCUGCGGAAGCACAAGAAAACGCAUGAGGAACGCACCGUAAUACCAUGUCCUGAGGGUAACUGUUACUCUGAAUUCACCCGACCAGACAAUCUGAAGGCGCACCUCAAGCGAAUUCAUAAGAUUGACAACCCGAGUCCUACAAAACGGCAUAGCAGUGGCCCACGUGGCCUUUAG